CUCCCCUAUGACACCCGCGUGCCGGGUUUGUUAUGAUUCCGCGGCAGUAAGCCGAACAGCUUCUUCUCUCUAUAGGGCUUCGGGAAAACCUUGGGUGUUCAGUUGACGGUCUAGGCGCACACGAACUUGACUUUGUCGUGAAUAUCAGAGUGGUAAGAAGAAGAGAAGUGAACAUAACCACAGAAAGCUAAAGGGUACAUGGACCCGGAUGUUGGUUAGGUGAUUAGGUUGCAGUGGAGGUUUGUCCUUUGUGGUCAGGAAGCUCAAACGCACCCCUCCAUUUCAGCAACAAAAAAAAGGCACAUUGCGAAGCACAUCCGCUCAGGCUGAAAGGCACAGUCUCGAGAUUCUGGUGGCUCCUGACAGAUAAACUUAAUGUUGAAGAGCAUUUUGAAUGGACAGUGACCAAUAGUGCAGUGUUGAAGUACCUUCUUCGCUUCUUAGGCUGCGAUGUUGCUGUUGUGGUGUUCAGCGGAUAUCAGAAUGAACGCCCCUUUUACCACCCACAAGUGAAACUGAACUUACAUCCUUUGCCAAGAGUUAGAGAUGGAGGAGGAGGAGCUGAAUGGUCCUCAUUGCGGAGAAUUUCCGAGUUUCCUCACCAACAGCUCAGAUGAUGGGAAUUCCAUAGAGCUGUGUGGGGACAGGAGCCUUCAUUCUGGAAGCGGACUCAUGCCCUGUGAUGAACCCGAAUCUCUUGCAGCUUACCCCAUCACCCUUCCCAGCAUGCCUCUCUCCUUCGCCACUGUCCAAUGGGACGAGCCCUCCACCCCUACCGACCUCCUAUUGCCGGUGACGGACAGCAGCUCUGUGGAUGAGCUGAGCUGUAGUGAUGGAGUCAGUCCGGACUGGGUCGUGAACCCUCUCUCUCUGGUUUCGCCAACACUCACAGAGUCUGAGUCAGCUGACGGCAUGCUGCCUGAUGGAAAUGGGGUCAGGUUACCACAGUCAGGGAUCUCAGACCAGCACACCGAUGUCGACCAACAGGCCUGUGAUUCUGUGGAGGCAGUGUUGGUGAUGAAUCUGAUGGCGUCAGGUGAUAAGGAAGAGACGUCGCUGUCAGGUGAUGGAGAGAUAAGUCAGCAUGAAGAGCACACAGUGGAAGAGAUGGGCCCAGCAGAGGCCGAUUGCACUGAGACAUCCAAGAUCCCAGAAUGCACUGGUGAUUCAGAGACUCCUGAUCAGCGAGGGAGGUUGUCAACUCCAGGAAUGGAAGAGAACCAGCCACACCCGGAGACAUUCACAGCGACAGAGGCACAGCAGCAACAGGGCUGCAGUACAGAUGGAGGAAAUGAUGGUGAGAUAGUGGAGGUGGACGAUGAGACACUGGAGGAGGACGAGAGGGAGAACACAUCGAGUGACUCAGCUCAAGAUGGAGAAUGUGUGGGGACAGACAGCAGUUUGGGCUGUGAUGAGGACACAGCAUUGGAGCAGCCUGUACUGAUCCAAGAGAACACAGACACAGAGGAAAUACCACUGUCAGGGCAAGACGAACAGUGUAACCCUGAUGAAGAGUCCAUGUCUGUGGACCAGAUGAUGCCAGAGCCUACCGAGCAUCAGGAAUGUCUCCAGCCCCCAGAGUGCGAGUCAGACAGUCAGGCAGAUUCGUCACAGCUGUGCGGCCGUACGGAGCAGGGGGAACCUCCCGAGGCAGGAGAUGAGCUCCGGCCUGAGAGUGGCCCAGAGGAGACUUCAGCAUGUGAGGAGGGGUUGGACAGGGGUCAGGGGUCGAAGGUCACUCAGCUGACGCAUGGAGGUGAAACAUCCUCGUUGACUGAGCAGGAGAAUGAGGAGUCACUAGAGGGUACUUUAGAGACUGAAAGGACUGAGACGGGCCGACCUUCUGAAUGUGUAGAGGGCGGAGAGGUGGAGGAAAAAGAACCUGAAACGGCAGAGUGUUCAGAAGAGACGGAGGACCAGCAAGAGGUGGAGAACAUGGAGGCUGAGGAGCAGCAACAGAUCCCUUUACAGUCAGAGGAGAAAGAGCAGUCACUGUGUUCAGUGGAAUCAGAAUCCUCAGGGAUAGAACCAGCAACAGCACAGGCAGAACAGAUGGAGAAGACAGAGGAAGGUGGACCUCCAGAUGAGGCAAAACAAACAGAACAUCCAAGUGAGACUGUUAUGGAGGAGUCAGACAUGACCACCAAACCAAUAGAACAGUCAGAUGAGACUCUGGGAGAAGAGUCAAGCGAGACAAAUCAAAAUGAAGAGUCCGUCGAGACAAACCAUACAGAAGAGACAAAACCGACUGAAGCUAACGAGUCAAGCGAGACCGAAGGAACAAACGAAUCAGAACAGAUUCCAACUGAACAGUCAGAAGAAGCUGGUCAAACAGACACACCGGAACAAUCCGAAACCAAACAGGCGGAGGAGCAAAUGGAAUCAUCGCAACAGACUGAACGAACAGAGCAGGCUGAAAGUGCCCAAACCACCGCACACAGCAACCAACAAUCAGAACAGCCUGUGAGCACGGCGGAGGGAGAGGACUCAUUAGUGAGACAUAUGGAGGGGAAGACGGAGCAGUUGGAGGGACAGAUGCAGGAGACGGGGGAUUCAGGUGUAGCCGUGACGUACAUGAACGGAGGUGCGGUAGACAGGGAGGCGGCGCGGACGCUGGCAGAGAAGCUCUUCAGACUGGAGGGCAUUCACCGUACAGAUGUGGUCCGACAUCUGGACAAAGAUAAUGAAUUCAGCCGUGCUGUUGGGGAGGAGUAUCUGAAAUUCUUUGACUUCACAAGUCAAACUCUGGACCAGGCUUUGAGGGCUUUUCUGAAAGUGGUGGUGUUGAUCGGCGAGACGCAGGAGCGAGAGCGGGUCCUGCAGCGGUUCUCCAGCCGCUUCCACGAGUGCAGCCCUCAUGCCUGCCCCUCCGCAGGAGCAGUUCUGACUCUCACCUGUGCUAUGAUGCUCCUGAACUCUGAUCUUCAUGGACAAAAUGUGGGUAAAUCCAUGUCACAGUCUAACUUUGUGUCCAAUCUGGAUGGGAUGGAUGAGGGGGAAAACUUCAAUAAGGACGUGCUAAAGGGCCUGUACAACUCUAUCAAGAAUGAACCUUUGGAGUGGGCAGUAGAUGAGAAAGAGCUACAGAGUUCCAUGAUGUUACCGGAGGAUGCAGGUACAGGCACGCUGAUGCGCUCGAAGGGCAACCCCUUCCAGAGUGUCCCCCACGACAAGAAGGCCACCGUCUUCCACAAGGGCUUUCUCAAGCGCAAGGCUCAUGCCGACAUUGAUGGCAAACGCACCCCUUGGGGAAAGAGAAAGUGGAAGACCUUCUAUUGCGUUCUGAAGGGAAUGGUUCUCUACUUACAGAAGGAUGACUACAGUUCGGACUGGCAAAGCUCAGAGGAGGUGGUGAGUGUGCACCAUGCGUUGGCUGAGAGAGCUGUGGAUUACACCAAGCGGCCAUACGUCUUUCGGCUGCAGACGGCUGACUGGAGAGUUUUCCUGUUUGAAGCUGCUUCCACAGAGCAGAUGAGCUCCUGGAUUGGCCGGAUAAACCUGGUGUCCGCCCUGUACUCCUCCCCUCCGUUCCCGGCAGCGGUGGGCUCUCAGCGGAAGUUCUUCCGGCCCAUCCUACCUGCAUCGCAGUCCUCCCUCACUCUGGACAAGCAGCUUCAGUCCCAUGCUGCCAUGCUCCAGUCCUUCCAGGAGGACCUGGCCCAUCUGCAGGAGGGCUUCCCCGAGGGACGUAAGCCCAAAGCCAGGGAGCUGGAGGAGCAUAAGAUCAAGGAGGAGUACCUUCAGCAUGAGAGAUGUCGCUACGAGGUCUACGUCCAGAUGCUGGAGGCAUGGAGCAGCCUAAAACGUAGUUCCACAUCCGGGUUCAAUGCAAACGACCUGGGCCUCUUCGAUCGCGAGGUGGGCAGAGACACCCACGAUGAGGAGGAGGACGAGGCUGACGGAGGGAUGAAGAGAUCGCACUCCAGCCCCUCGCUCGAGCUGGAGAUGGCGCCGCCCCCCGUCGUCAAAGUCAGACGCAACAUUUCGGAGAGGCGCACCUACCGCAAGAUCAUCAUCCCUCGACGCAACCGCGAGCUCUGAGAGUGGGGCACAGGAAAUCGGACUGCGUGCCACGGUUUCUUUUCAAAUCUGACUGCUUCGAGUUUAAGUUUGGAACAUAUUUCUGUUAUUUAGUCCACAGGAACUUACAGCAACAUUAAGGCCUCGGAGCGCCUGUGCAGGAAACCACAGGGGGGGAGGAAAUUAGACCAAACGGAACUGUCACACACAUCUUUUGGUGGUGUGACGCACCAUGUGCCAUAAUUGUACCAGAACUCCAUCUUGUCUUGUUUUCCGGUCUCACAAUGGUUGUCAGUGCUAAAAUGUCUAUAUACACUCAGGGAAGUUCUCUUCCGGUGCAAUAUGGUUGUACUCAUACCAAAGAUAUGUUGUUGUUGAUGAUAACUCUUUGCCCAAUUCCAAGCAGUGUUCUUUGCAUUUAUGCAUCGAUGUUCUUAGACAUCCUGACUUUCGUGGUGUUCGUCAGAAGCCGUUAUUAUUUAUUUGCUUUGAAAAAGAUAUGUGUAAAAUAUCUUUGUCGUACAUUUGAAAUAAACUGUUAAAUUGUG